CUCAACUACUUUCCCUCUCUCCAAACAUAAACACACAUUCUUACUUCUCUAUCUAACUUAAGCAUUGGAGAGUGUCCUGGGCAACCACACACGGACCCUUGUUUUGCAGUGGUUAGGAGGGCACCCAACAUCAAGAACAAACGCCUCACUCGCACCUCCUUCUAGCGCCUAUAACAUUCUAGGCUCAAACAAUUUGGCGCCCACCGUGGGGCAGAGUGAAGCACUGAAGAAAGGAUGGAAGUGAGCUCCGGGACCCCAGUCAAGGGUGUAGUAGAAAGAAGCAGCAUUCACGGUUUUGGAAAUGUCUACUGUAGAGGAAGAGAUGGAGAUGGAAGAUCGCGUUAAGAGCCAGGGGCAGCAAAUGUCCAGCAUGCAAGAAAGCCUGGCUCAGAUCUUGGCAAUGCUCAAAGAGAAGAGCACGUCCGAAAAGGAAAAGGACUUGUCGGAAAGCUCAAUAAGGCAGAAGACGAAGGGUAGGGAAAGGGAAGAGGAUCCUGGCAGCCCUGCUCAGAGAGAAGGCGAGGAGUCCGAAAAAGAAGAGAGCGCGGAAGAUCUCAGUUUGGGUUUUCUAGAGGAGCACCUCAGACCGCCGUAUGGAAAAGGAAAGACGCACAACAACAAACUCCAAAACCCUCUGGCCAAAAGCUUGUUCAGGACACAGGUCCCGCCCAACUUCUCGUCGCUGAGGCUGCCAACUUACGAUGGGACUUCAGAUCCUACGGACCAUCUAAGCGCCUUCAUGCUCAAAAUGAAAUUGAUCAACGCCUCGAACGCAGAUCUAUGCAAGGUGUUCCCUGUCACGUUUGGCAGUCAGUGCCGAACCUGGUACACCUCCUUGCCAGAAGGGAUAAUUGAGAAGUUCAAACAGUUUACCACAUUGUUUUCAUCAAAGUUCGCGUCCCAGAGAAGAAGGAAGCUCACCGUGUCAGUGCUUAUCAACUGCAAGCAGGGAGAAGAAGAGACGCUGACGAGCUUCUACGAUAGGUGGAACACCAUAGCCUGCGAAGUGCAAGGAACUCACCAAGCAUAGUGGCGGGUAACCUACGAAUGUCGACUCACAGUUGCGAGCUAAAGAGAGCUCUUAUAAAUAAAGAGCAUGUGU